UCUUCGUCGAGUAAACAGAGAGAAAAAAAUGGCGCAGAUGGUAGCGAUGCCCGUAGCGAACUCGCUCUCACUCAUUUGCAACUGGACAAAACCAAAUCCUCUCACUCGCAACACUAUUGCUCUCCCACCUUCAAACGCUCCCAGUAAGCAGAGUUUAAGCAUCAGAUGUGCUCGUGUUGGAGGUGUGGAGAUUCCUAGUAACAAGAGGAUUGAAUACUCUCUUCAGUACAUUCAUGGCAUUGGUCGAACCAGGGCUCGUCAGAUACUUGUUGAUCUCCAGAUGGAGAACAAGAUUACUAAAGACAUGGCUGAGGAAGAGCUCAUCGUGCUUCGUGAUGAAGUCUCCAAGUAUAUGAUCGAGGGUGAUCUGAGGAGAUUCAAUGCGCUUGCUAUCAAGAGGUUGAAGGAGAUUCAGUGUUACCGUGGGGUAAGGCACAUCCAAGGGCUACCAUGUCGUGGGCAGAGAACCAAGAAUAAUUGUAGGACUCUUAAGGGUAAGAAAAUUGCUAUUGCUGGCAAGAAGAAAGUUUCCAAGUAACUAUAAACACAUCUGAUCUUUGAUGUCAAUCUUGUUCUUCUGUAAUACUCUUUUUACUUUGUCUAGUUUCUCUUUUUGAAAUUUGAUUUGUGUAAUCCCUGAGACUUGGUUCGAAUCAUGAGACCUUUCCAUAUCAUGUAAAAGUUCAACUUAAUACCGUUCCUGGAGAUGCAUUCUAGUGCUUCUAAUGUCACAAACCUGAUGGCACCAAGACGGUUUAUAUUCAGAAUAAGUACAUAUGAAUACAUCAUUAAACCAAAAAGACUCAAAAGUCUUGAAUCGUCUCUAAUUCUAAUCACAAAACCUUGCUACAUACAAAAAGGAAGAUAAUGAGUAACAAAAUAAUAGUAACAGGGUAAAACUCUUAGUAAGAGAACUCAUGGCCACGGAGAGAAAUGUAUUUCUUGACCCAAAUAGCAACAUCUUCAGCGCAGGCCUGUGCCUGAGGAGUCUUGAGAAGGAUAUCAAGUGUUGCAAACUCAUGAACCGCGUCUUUAUAUUCCAAAACUGGAGAAUCCAC